AUGACUUGGAAAUUAUUCGUCAGCCGGCUUCAGGAAAUCGCAGCAAUAAUCUCAUUAUCAGCACAUUUUCUGCUAAUUUUGUUAGUCUUAACAAAAUCACCAAAGAAAAUUGGAUCAUACAAAUAUUUGAUGAUCUAUAUUUCAAUUUUCGAAAUACUCUACUCCAUCAACGAUGUGCUCAUUGAGCCAAUAUGUUUUUCCUAUGGCUCAAAAUCGAUUUUCGUGGUUGUUGUCAACACCGAAAAUGCAUAUUUCAACAAAGAUAUCUGCCUUAUUUUAAUAUCAACAUGGGGUGCAUUUUUUGGAAGUUUUAUGGGAUUAUUUGUUCUUCAGUUUUUCUAUCGAUAUUGCGUUGCAUCUGGGUGAGUUGUUUUUGGAGUGAAAAUAGAAAAAAAAAUCAUUUUCAGAUCAUCGUUGAUAAAAAAAAGUUUUCAAAGUUGGAGAAUUGUUUUAUGGAUGAGUGGACCUGUAUUCUGUGGAAUACUUUGGGGACUGCUCACUUAUUUUCUAUUGCCGCCCGAUGAACAGAUUGAUGAGGCAAUUCGAGAUGUUCUGCUCGUAAAGUUCAAUUGGACAAUUGAACAAAUCACAUAUGUCGGUCCAUAUUUUCAUCGAAAUUCAGAAAAUAUUCAUAUUCCAAAUGCGAUUGGAUUUCUUAUAAUGGUAAUGAUCAUGAUUGCAUCUCUUCUCCUGAUCACAAUAUUCGCUAUCAAGUGUUAUCAAAAAAUGGAUGAUUUCACAAGCCUAACAUCAAAUAGAACAAAAAGUCUACAAUUUCAAUUGUUCUAUGCGCUGGUCACUCAAACUCUAAUCCCUCUCAUUCUUAUGCAUCUUCCUGUUCUAAUCUUCUUCAUUUUCACCUUUUCCAAUAUUGGUUUAGGAAAUGCGAGUAGUAUUGUUAGUAUGACAGUCGCAUUGUUUCCAGCAUUGGAUCCUUUCCCAGUUAUGUUCAUUAUUAAAAAUUAUCGGAAUGCGAUUUUCGAUACAUUGACAAAGAUCUUCAAAAGGAAGCCAUAA